ACCUAGGUCGGUGUGAAACCCAAAGAAUUAGAAGGUGCGUGGGAAACGGCAAAGACGAACUUCAGACAGUUAAAAUGCUUCUUCGACACCAUAGAACUUGAAAAAUCAAAGUGCAGGAGCUUGUGGGUUUUCACAUUUUCACUUUACCAUUGCAGUUGAAUGCUCUCCAAGACUAUACAUGGAGGCUCAAAUCUGUUCAAACUCUUCUUUUCCGCUCUUCCCUUUUCUUCUAAGCCUCUUUCGUCCAAAACCCCUACCCUAAUCCGCAAAACUACUGGGCCUGCCUUGGCGCCCUCGCCCUCAAACGCCUUGGUUAUUUCACCAACAGAUGUAAGAGCAGUCUCUUCUGAUGCCGAUUCGAUCUGUUUAUUGCUUUCCAACACAAGCACUGAAAACUGCAGUAUUGGUGAGCUCUUGACUGAUUUUAAGCAUAGGAUUAACUCUGAUGUCGUUUUGCGAGUGUUGAUGAGUUACAGGGAAUUGGGUAGGAUUAAGACACUCGAAUUCUUUUCUUGGGCUGGGAUGCAAAUGGGUUUUGGGUUUGAUGAUCAAGUAGUGGAUUACAUGGCUGAUUUUCUGGGCAGGAGGAAGCUUUUUGAUGAUUUGAAGUGUCUUUUGAUAUCUGUGUCUUCAAAUAAUGGACGGGUUUCGAGUAGGGCUGUUUCGAUUUGCAUAAGGUUUUUGGGGAGGCAGGGGAGGGUGGAAGAAGCCCUUUGUUUGUUUAGGGAAAUGGAAUCUGAGUUGAAUUGUAAACCUGAUAAUCUUGUGUUCAAUAACAUUCUAUAUGUGCUAUGCAAGAAAGAAAGUUCUGGGUGUUUCUUGGAUGUUGCUAUGAUGAUUUUUAGGAGUAUCGAGUCUCCAGAUAUGUACUCCUAUAGCAAUGUCCUUGUUGGUCUGUGUAAAUUUGGCCAAUUAGAGACUGCCCUUGGACUCUUUCAUGAAAUGUGCCGAACUGAGCUCGCUCCUACUCGAACAGCAAUUAACGCUCUUAUUGGCGAGUUUUGUUCAUUGAGUUCCAAGGAGGGAGCUAUUCAAAAAGUUAAAGUCAAGGACAAUCGUAGACCGGUUACUAUUUUGGUGCCUAAUGUCUAUAGACAUAACGGCGCAAUAGAUCCUGCAAUUAAAGUGUUUUGGAGAGUUCUUGAUUUGGGUGUAUUGCCAAGUGUAUUUGUGAUUAAUAAGCUUGUAUCCGAGGCUUGCCGACAUGGGAGAAUGAAAGAAGCUCUCGACAUUUUGAAGGUUAUUGAAGAAAGGAAACUGGGAUGUCUUGAAGGAUGCUACACGAUCGUGGUGAAGGGUCUAUGUGAACACCGUUUGGUGGAUGAAAUUAGCCAAUUGUUUGGGAAGAUGGUCUCUAGUGGCUUGAAGCCAAAGCUAGAAGUCUAUAAUUCUAUAAUUUCUAUGCUAUGCAAGUUGGGUAGAUUAAGUGAUGCUGAAAGAGUGUUUAAAAUUAUGGACAAGAAUCGGUGCCUUCCAGAUAGUAUAACCUAUACGAUGCUUAUACAUAGCUAUGGUGAAGUUCAGAAUUGGGAAGCAUCUUACGGUCUAUUAAUGGAAAUGCUGAGAAUGGGUAUAUGUCCACAUUUUCACACUUAUAGCCUAGUGGAUAAAUUGUUAAAAAAAAAUGAGCGUGUGGAUUUAUCUAAGAAGUUGGAAGAAAGGAUGGAGAUGCAGAUUCUGCAAAAGCUUUGUAAAGACGGAGAAUUAGAAGAUGCCUACACAAAGCUUAAUUCAAUGAUUGAAAAAGGAAUUUACCUGCCAGUAUAUGUAAAGGAUGAAUUCGAGUCUGCUUUUCAAAAAUCUGGCAAGUUGGCAAUUGCUCGUAAAUUGUUGGAGAGGAUGGAGAUGAAUUAAGAAAUGCGAAAGGAAAGAAAUUGAACGAGAAGCUCGUUAUAAAUAUGCAUUUAGCUGGGUGGUCGCAGAUUUAAUAUGGAAUCAGUUGAUGAUGUGCAUGAAAUUUGAGAACUAAACAGGGAAACGUAAAAAAAAAUCCUGUUUAUUGUUGGACUCAAAGGGAGUUAGAUUUCACUCGAGUUCUUUGGACUGGAAGUUUGAACUUAGGAAGGGGUUUCCAUCAGUUACAUGCUAUUGCCACCAACAAGCCAACAUCAAUCGACAGAUCAUUUGGAAUUUCAAUAGCGGGAUUUCUGAAGUGUUCUGGUUCAUCCAAUGGAGGACUUUCCAGAGGAUUAAGAUUUCAAUGUUUUCUAGUAGUGUUCCCUGAAAACUUCUAAGCUGUUGCCAUGGAGACAUCAUGAAGUGGAAGAUUGAUGGGUAAGAAGCUCUCUACCAAAUCAGAUUUCGUUUUUAUUUGUUUAUGCAUGGUCUCUGCAUGUUCUUUAUACAGAUGCCUCUUGACCUUGUAAUAAGGAGAUUUUAUUGUCAAGGACAACCCUGGCCAAGUUGGUUAGGCUGUUGACUUGGUAACCACAUGAUUACAAGUUCGACUAGCAAGAGUGGCCUAUUGGCCUUCUUGGUUUGAGCCGAUCAGGGUCAGCUAUGGGCAAUUUAUCUCCUUGCUGUCCUUUGCUGGCUAAGGUCACAAGGCAGAGUUUACCCAUUGCAGAUUUUCGGAUAGUGACUGCAAGUUUCCGUCACUAAAAAAGAGAGGAGAUUUUAGUGUCAAAUCUUGAAAAUUCUAAGUUUGGGAAAGAGUGAAUUCUUGCCACAUUGGAACAAUUUGAUGAUUAAACACAACUUUUGCUUAAUAUACAUUCCAUAAAGUUUCAGAAAUAGGAUGAAAUAUUGAAUGCUGUGUUCAUUUCCAUGGAUCUGAACACUUAUUUGCAGGAAAGGCUGGCAGACAAGCAUGCUCAGAAAGAAAAUAAAACCAGAUACUAACAGAUGCUUAGGGAAGAUAAACAGUGCCCUGAUAUGCCACUCGCUAUUACAAUGCAACCAAUGAUAUGAUAUAUGUUACACACUGCAAAGAUCUGAAACUUGGUGCUUCCAUUAAAAUGUUUGGUGCUUCAAUUUUCCUGCAAUGUAACAAGAACAAAUGACUGGUUAUCAUAUGGAAAAUCAUUUUGGUCCUCUUAGUACACAUCUUUCUAGUA